GAAAAAGCAACGUAUGUCAGGUCUAUCUAUUAGUUAAUCAAUGUCUAUAUCAUUCGUAUUGGUGAUGGUAACCUACAAAUAGAUUUGACAAAUAAAAAUAAAUAUGAUAAAUUAAAGUAAAUUUUCAUAAGGAUCACUGGAAUGUAUUAUUAACUUAAUUUCUUUUUAUUAAGUUACAUAUUACAAGUUCAAUAAAUUAGUUUUGUAAUAAAUUUUGGAGAACUUCCGUUAGGUUAGUUAACUUAAAAUUAGGUUAACUUAAUGAAAAAACAGACAAAAUGCACGUAAAAAUCUAUCAGAAAAUAUUAAAUUGCUACGGAAGGCAAAUACAUACCAAUGUGUCUCGAGUUUUAUUGAACCAAUAUUACGAUGCGGCUCAUAAAAGAAGAAUGCGUUCGUCACGUUUAUAUUGGAGUGGACUUGGUAUUUUAGUCAUUGGUUUUACAUAUGCUUCAGUACCUUUAUAUAGAGUAUUUUGUCAGUCAUACAAUUAUGGUGGGACAAUAUCAAUCAAUCAUGAUAGUAAUAAAGUGCAGUCUAUGAAACCUGUAAAGGAUAAAGUUAUAAAAGUAAAGUUUAAUGCUGAUAUAGGAGCUACAAUGCAAUGGAACUUCAAACCACAACAGAAUUUCGUACGUGUUAUCCCUGGAGAAACUGCUUUAGCAUUUUAUACAGCAAAAAAUCCAUUAAAUGUGCCAGUUACUGGUAUAUCUACUUAUAAUAUAAUACCAUACGAUGCUGCACAACAUUUUAAUAAAAUUCAGUGUUUUUGUUUUGAGGAACAACGACUUAAUCCUCAUGAAGAAGUUGACAUGCCAGUAUUUUUUUACAUUGAUCCAGAGUUUAUUAAUGAUCCCAAAAUGCAAAAUGUAGAAGAAAUUGUACUUUCUUAUACAUUUUUUGAGGCCAAACAAGGAAUGACAUUUCCAAAACCAAAUUUUAUGAAAAACCAGUAAUUUAUGUAGUAAGUAACAAAUGUAAUAAUAAAUAAAAUUGUAAAAAAAACAAAUAUACGUUCAGUA